AUGCAAAUAAUCGUUAAAACCCUUACCGGUGAAAGUAUCACUCUCGAAGUCGAAUCUUCAGACACCAUCCAUGCUGUAAAACAGAAAAUUCAAGACAAGGAAGAUGUCCCACCAGAUUUGCAAAAUCUCUUUCCAGGAGAACAAUUAGAAGACGGCCGUACUCUUUCGGACUAUAACAUUCAAAACAAGUCUACACUUCAAUUGGUGACUCAUCCCCAUAGUAGUGUGCAAAUUUUCGUUAAAAUAUUUACCGGUAAAACAAUCACACUUGAAGUCGAGUUAUCUGAUACCAUCGACUCUGUAAAACGAAAGAUCCAAGACAAGGAAGGUAUUCUACUAGGUCGGCAAAUAUUAAUUUUUGUCGGAAAACGAUUGGAAGGUGGUAGAACUCUGUCCGAUUAUAAUAUUCGAAAAAAGUCAACCCUUCACCUUGACUUUCGUCUCCGUGGUGGUUAA